UCGACUUCGAGUUGUAUAAAAGACAAUAGCAGCCCAAGGUGGAUCAUCAGUCAACGAUCGUUCCCCGUUCUACCACUGCAAAAUAACCGAAAUGUUCAAAAUCAUCUUGGUCUGCGCUCUUGUUUGCCUGGCUGCAGCUUAUCCAGGACAAUUGGAUGAUGUUAACGCCGAAGUAAUCUCACGCAGUGAAGAUAUUCGCCCAGAUGGCUUCAAUACCCAUCUCGAGAUUUCAAAUGGCAUCAAGGAGGAUAGAGCUGGCGAUGAACAUGGCAACAUUAGGGGCAGCUUCAGUUUCGACACACCCGAGGAUGAGCCGGUCGAAAUAACCUAUAUUGCCGAUGAGAACGGCUAUCAACCAACUGGUGCUGUUCUGCCAACUCCGCCACCAAUUCCUGCUGAAAUUCAAAGGGCUCUCGAGUGGAUCGCAUCUCAUCCUUACAACGAGGAGCACUAAGGAAUCAAGUGUCCUAACAUUUAUAUUAUAAUCGUCAAAAGUAAAUGAAUUAAGUAAAAAGUAGUAAAAUAUA